AUGAUGACUCCACCAUCUGAUAAAUUCAGCAACUCAGCAAGUAUUCGCAAGAAGAGGAUUUGCGUGAGUAACGGUCAUCACAAUAAUCGCGACCAUGGAGCUAAACGUAUCCGACGUUCAGAUUCAACUUCGUCUCACAAAGAGAAUAACGGACCACGUUGUCGCAAACGACGGGCUUCAAAAAGGCAUACUCUGUUUCCUUUGUGUAGUGUUCAUCUUAUGAAUAGCCUCAUUGAAGACUCAGCUUCUCCAUCCACACCUAUAAAAAUGCAGAAUGUCUCUACCAAUAAAGUUAGGCGUGCCACAUUACCGACUUGUUCAUAUAGUCUCAGAUCCCAUGAUCCUCCAAGACGUGCUCUUCGGAGUAAUAGCCAUAUUGGGAACCAGACCGUCCUCAAUACAGUUAAGCCAAGACGCAAUUCUACGCUGUCUUCUCAUGGUUCAGGGAGAAAUUCAGCAGGUGCUUCACUCAGCAGAAGCAAUUUCACAAUUAAUUCACAAACAAAUAAAGAAGAUUUAGAAAACUCUUUGUCGUCAUUGCUGGCUCCACUUCGUUUGAGUUCUGGUGGGAGAGAUCAGAAAGCCAAACUGAAGAGACCAAAGACAAGACGCAUGGAAUUUUGUUUGCAAGAGUUGGUACAGUCUAGUAAUUGUUGCCCUAUCGUAGAAUCUCCGUCUCCUGUACUUAAUCAAUCUGCGGAUGCCGACCCUUUACAAGAACUUCUUCAGUUAUGUCGUCAGGUAGAGGUCAAGUCAUUUGAUGAAUACUUCGGUCGCACACUUUCAACAAAUCUUGUGAAAAUAGGUGAAGGUGUUUACGGUGAAGUCUUCCGAUAUGUGAAGGGGAAUGUGAUCAAAGUAUUUCCUGUCGAUGGCGAACAACUCGUCAAUGGUGAGAAACAGAUGGAGUUUUCUGAUGUAUUCUCUGAAGUCUUUGUAUCUAAAAAAAUGAGCGAACUCUCUUUCAAGUAUAAACUCAAUCGAUCAGUCAACUUUGCACAGUUAAAAAAGGCGACUGUCGUUGAGGGUAAGCUUCCUGUGAUUCUCUCUGAAAGUUGGCGAACAUAUGAGAAUCAAAAGGGAUCGGAUAACGAAUGUCCCGAUUUCUUGCCUAGUGAACAACUUUGGAUGGUUCUAGAAUUUGAGUUUGCUGGUGAUCCUUUGGCUAAUACUCGAUUUAAUACAUGGCGUGAAGCACGGUCUGUGGUUGAACAAAUCGCUAUAUCUCUAGCAGCGGCUGAAUCAGCUCUGCAAUUUGAACAUAGGGAUUUACAUUGGCACAAUGUAUUAAUACGGUCUACACCGCAAUGGAAAUUACGCUAUCGUGUUGAUGGGGUACGUUAUGCUGUUGUCACAGAAGGCAUACACGUGACACUCAUUGAUUUCACAGUCUCUCGCCUGUGCCACGAUGGUAAUGUAGUUUACGUCGACAUGUCUGAUUCUCCUGAAAUCUUCGAAUGUGUAGGGGAUUAUCAAUAUGACAUCUAUCGUAUAAUGCGUGAAAAAAAUGGAGAUAAUUGGCGCCGUUUCAAUCCAGUAUCUAAUCUUUACUGGUUACAUUAUCUUAUGGGUAAACUAUUGAAUGAAACAAAAUAUCCUAGACAUGAUCCGGAUUCAAAUGCUAUCGAGUCAGAAUUGCGUACAUUGUAUGAAGGGAUACUAUCAGGUAAUUACACGUCUGCGGCUCAACUUGUCCAUUCCAAUUUCUACUUUGAUUCGUGUCGAAUUGGUUGA